AAAUUAAUGGAUUUCUCCCGCUUUCCCUCCUUUGCAUCUAUAAGAAUUCUUUUGUUUGCUUUCUGGGUUAUAACGUUGUUUCCUGAGUUUGCACUAAGCAUAACAAGGCACUAUACAUUUAAUAUCGAGUACCUGAAUGUCACUAGAUUGUGCCACACAAGGAACAUUCUGAGUGUGAAUGGCAAAUUCCCAGGACCUCGCUUAGUGGCAAGGGAAGGUGACAGGGUUGUGGUCAAGGUGGUUAACCAUAUCUCAAACAAUGUAACCAUUCAUUGGCAUGGCGUUCGUCAGAUAACAAGUGGGUGGGCUGAUGGACCAGCAUAUGUGACACAGUGUCCUAUACAAACGAACCAGUCAUACACAUACAACUUCACCAUUGUUGGGCAGAGAGGGACUCUGCUUUGGCAUGCUCACAUAUCAUGGCUAAGAGCAACCCUUUAUGGACCCAUCAUUAUCCUUCCCAAGCACAAUGAAUCUUAUCCAUUUGAGAAGCCAUAUAAAGAAAUUCCCAUUCUUUUUGGAGAAUGGUUUAAUGUUGACCCAGAAGCUGUUAUAAAUCAGGCACUGCAAACAGGAGGAGGACCCAAUGUUUCAGAUGCAUACACCAUCAAUGGCCUUCCCGGUCCCUUGUAUAAUUGUUCUUCUAAAGAUACAUUCAGACUAAAGGUGAAGCCAGGCAAGACAUAUCUACUAAGGCUAAUCAAUGCUGCACUCAACGAAGAGCUCUUCUUUAGCAUUGCCAAUCACAGCUUAACUGUUGUUGAAGCUGAUGCUAAAUACACCAAACCAUUUGAUACAGAUACACUCCUCAUGGGACCUGGACAAACCACAAAUGUGCUUCUUAAAACCAAGCCAUAUUUCCCCAAUGCCACAUACCUCAUGGCUGCAAGGCCUUAUUUCACUGGCCGUGGCACCUUUGACAACUCCACCACCACUGGUAUCCUCCUUUACAAGCAACCCUUGCAUGACCCUUCUCCUAAAACAUUCCCACUUUUCAAACCAACACUACCACCCAUAAAUGCCACAAACUUUGUAGCCAACUUCACAGCAAAAUUUAAAAGCUUAGCCAAUGCCAAAUUCCCUGCCAAGGUACCCCAAAAAGUGGACAAGAAAUUUUUCUUCACUGUGGGACUAGGGACUAGUCCUUGCCCACAAAACACAACAUGUCAAGGGCCAAGUAACAACACCAAGUUUGCAGCCUCAGUGAACAAUAUUUCUUUUGCACUUCCAUCAUCAGUUUCUAUCAUGCAAGCCUACUAUUUUGGACAGUCUAAUGGAGUUUUCAAAACUGAUUUUCCUGCUACCCCUAUGAACCCUUUCAAUUACACAGGAACACCUCCAAACAACACAAUGGUUACUAAUGACACCAAGCUAGUGGUGCUCAAGUUCAAUUCCAGUGUGGAGUUAGUGUUGCAGGAUACUAGUAUUCUUGGGGCUGAGAGCCACCCUUUGCAUCUUCAUGGUUAUGAUUUCUUUGUUGUUGGGCAAGGUUUUGGAAACUUUGACCCCAACAAAGACCCAGCAAAGUUUAAUCUGGUUGACCCAGUUGAAAGAAACACAGCUGCUGUUCCUGCUGGUGGGUGGAUUGCUAUUCGCUUUUUCGCAGACAACCCAGGGGUGUGGCUCAUGCACUGUCACCUAGACAUCCACACAAGCUGGGGAUUGAGAAUGGCAUGGCUAGUAUUAGACGGAGCUGGGGCAAACCAGAAGCUGCCACCACCUCCUUCUGAUCUUCCAAAAUGUUGACUUUGACUAUCCCUUUGGUGGGUCCAGAUUCAUUGGCCCUGCCUCAUUUCCUGAGUUAUACUCCAAUGUCUUGUUCCUCUUUCAACAGCAAUUGUGAAAUUCUUUUGAUGUGUUAAGGGAAAAUGAAUAAAUUGUGACUCGUGUCAUUG